GAAAGCACUGGUCUCGUUUUUUUACUUUUUCUUUAAUGAACAGCCAAUUAAUGUUUAACUAAGGGCUAGUUUGGACACCAUUUUCCCAAGAAAGCUUCUAGUUUUCAAACGGAAAAUGAACUAAUUUCCCUUUUAAAAAUGAAAAUCUCUUGGGAAAAUAGUAUUCCCAAACUAGCCCUAAAUAUACUAUUCUACCAAUUGACUUCGCGCCAUUUGAUGGAUGAUUAUAUGGAAUAUACGUAUCUAACACGUGACCGGCCGCGCCGAGAGCGCUCGGUCAGCAGUGGAGAGCCUGGAAAUGUUCAGCCAGGAAAUCGCGCGCGGCCGGCCGGCGACCACCUCGGAGGGAAACGCGGGCGCCGCUCUGUGACCUGCCGACGGCCGACGCGGACGCCAUCAUUUGCGAGGAAAAAUUCUGGUGGCUCCGACGCCGCUCUCUCUCGCCGGUCGUCACCCUGUCAUAUUGGCCUCGGCCUCGACCAGAUUUCACGCUAAUCUGAAAGGUAUGUAAAUUUCUUCAUUAAUCCGCUCCAAUUCCGAAGGGUAUUUAAAUUUCUAAACUAGCCCUCAUUGUUGUACUGCUCGCUCCAUUUCAAAUGGCGAGCGCAGAUAUAUAUGCUCGUUUUCUACGUUUGACAUAGCUUAGAAGUUUACAUGCUAUACAGUACUAAUUUUUUGUUUAGUUUUUUUUUAUAUUUCGAAAUUUAAAAUUCAGAAUUUUCGAAUGGCUCAAUAUCAAAUUUAAAACGUCUUACAGCGGCGGAGUCAGAGCAGUGUAUAGCAGCAUAUCCUGACGAUAUUUCCAUUCCAACCAACUCGUCCAAGCCAGCAGGGCAGCAGCUGCCGUCACGAGGGCCCCGCAGCGUGGCCGCAGUAUCGUCACCAACCGCGUCACCUCCCACGCCCCCAUCACUUCCCCCGCCCCACGUGCUGCCGUCACGGACUGGCCGUCACGACUCACGACCAGUGACCUGGGGCGUGACGGGCCCACCGAAGCACCUCAACCGCGGCUGACGCCCCGCCACGCCACCGCGGCUCGCGCGAACAAACGCGGUCACCGUCGUCCCCUCCGCCACCACCAGAUUACGCCAUCCCCGUCCCCCGCUGACCUCACCACCCUUUUAUAUAUCAGGAUCUGCCAGCCCGCCCUGCCCAUGCCCAUCCAUCAUCACACGACGACGCACACAAGUCGCAGCUAGCUAGCUCCCAACCGAGCCAGGAAAACGGACGCCGUGCAGCUCGCUCGCGCGCGCCCCACGGAAAGAGAGGGCAGGUAGGAAUAAUGUACCAGGCCAUCCCGUACAGCGCCGGCCAGCCGUGGCCGCGGCCGGCCCCGACGAUCGGUCCUGACGUGGCGGAGGAGGAGGGGUUGCUGGCGGCUUCGCAGCAGCAGGCGUCGACGCCAGCGGAGGCGGCGGCGAGGGUGGAGGAGGAGGAGGUGCGGCGCGCGGUGGCGGAGUGCCCCGUGCUCGUGGUGGGCGUGCGCGGGUGCUGCCUCAGCCACGUGGUGAAGCGGCUGCUGCAGGGGCUCGGGGUGAACCCCGCCGUGCACGAGGUGGCCGGCGCCGAGGCGGACCUCGCGGCCGCCGGGGUCGCCGCCCUCCCGGCGGUGUUCGUCGGGGGCAGGCUGCUCGGGGGCCUCGACCGGCUCAUGGCCGCGCACAUCUCCGGCGACCUCGUCCCCAUACUCAAGGACGCCGGCGCGCUGUGGCUCUGACACGAGCAGCCACCAAGCUAGCCGCCCUCUGAUUGCCUCUCCGUCGUCAGCUGCUUUGCUUUGAAUUAAACGAUGGUGGUGUUGUCAACUCGUUUUUAUUUACUCAUUGACUAGAGAUAGACAUGCACAUAGGACUUCAAUUCUUGUACUUGUACUACUAGGGAAAAGAGAGUGAAUUAUAGUACUUUAAUAUUAUUUGUUACUUGUAUUUUCCAUCCUGUGAAUACGAAAUACCGACUCCAGCUUCUGUUUGUUC